CCCAACACGCAGGCACGCAUCACGCGAGGGAGGCCGAACGGACGGAGAUGCGUCGCGCGACUCCACGCACACGUUCACUCCUUAUAAUUCCCGAAACAAAAACCGUUGGUUGGAUGUAUUCUGUUCCAAGUCAAGACUGCAUAAUUGACAUCAGCGGAAGCAGUAAAGACGCUAACGUAUUGUUUCGGGCAUGACAUGGAUCCCAUGGUCCAGUAGCCUCCGUAGGGAGGUUUUCAGUCUUUUCUUUGAAAAAUGUUAAUGUCCUAACAUGUCUGUCCCGCCGUGUAAUCGCCGUCGCUGGCUGCUGCUAUACCUGCGUGUCGUCCAAUCAAAAUCAAUCCAACCAAGUACCUCUGGUGACCUCUGCUGAGAAGUCAAGGCUGUCGAUCGAGUCAGGCACGAGCUCGUGGUGAAGCAGCAAUGGCAGGGCCUGCAGUACUGCUACUGCAGCUAUGGCUGGCAGUGGCAGUCAAGGUUCUUCCACUGGCAGCAGCGGCGCCGGGUUGCCGGCGGCGGUGCGGCAACGUGACCGUCCGGUACCCCUUCGGCAUCGGGGACGCACGCUGCCACCGCGGCGAGGGCCGUGGAUUCCGGCUCGACUGCGACGACAGCCGCCGCCCGCCGCGCCUGACCGUGGCCGGCUACGGCCACGAGGUGGUGGCCAUCUCGCUCCCUGCCGCCGAGGCCACCGUGCUGCUCAACGCCAGCCGCGCCUGCUACGACGACGACGACAACCGUACCUCCUCCCGUCGUCGCUACGACGAGCACCCGAUGGCUCUCAACGGCAGCGCCUUCCUCUUCUCCUCCAUGAAGAGCAAGUUCGUGGCCAUCGGCUGCCCGGACCUCGCCUACUUCGUGGACGGCGGAGGGUACUACGUCACCGGGUGCAUGUCGGUGUGCCGGCCGUCGGAGCGCGCGCUGCCGGGCUCGUGCCGCGGGGGCGACGGCUGCUGCCAGAGCAACAUCCCCCUGGGGCUCGACUCCUACCGGCCCUACAUCCGAAGCUUCGGCGGCCGGCGCCAGCAGCAGCAAGGGACGACGACGUUCAUGGCCAAUUCCACGCGCUGCGCCUACGCGUUCAUGGUGGACGCGUGGUGGUUCUGGUACGCGGGGUCCCGCUUCAACAGGACGGGCGACUUCGCCGUGCCCGUCGUGCUGGACUGGGCCAUCAGAGACGCCCCGAGCUGCGCCGCCGCCGCCGCCGCUCACGCGUGCCUCAGCGCGCACAGCGUGUGCCUCGACUCGGCCAACGGCCCGGGCUACGUCUGCAACUGCUCCAGCGGGUUCCAGGGGAACCCCUAUGUCCUCGGCGGCUGCCAAGAUGUUGAUGAAUGCGCGCGCAGUGAUCUGUACCCGUGCUACGGUGUCUGCGUCAACACGCCAGGAAGCCACGUCUGUACAUGCCCCAAUGGACGGAGCGGGAACGCCACCGUGCAGGAUGGUUGCAACCCCAAAGACGAAUUCACGCUAGCACUCAAAGCCGUCACAGGAGUAAGCAUAGGCGUGUUCCUGGUGCUCCUGGCAUGCUUCUCGGCGUACCUGGGUCUUCAGAAGAGGAGGAUGCUGAAAGCGAAGCAGAGGUUCUUUGAGCAGAACGGUGGUCUCCUCCUGCAGCAGCAGCUGGGUUCCCUGGCCAGCUCCGGCGUCUCAUUCAAGAUCUUCUCCGAGGACGAAAUCAAGAGGGCCACCGGCUCCUUCGACGACGCGCGGGUCCUCGGCCGGGGAGGCAACGGUGUCGUCUACAGGGGCGUCCUCGUCGACGGCUCUACCGUGGCCAUCAAGAAGUCGAGGGUGGUGGAUGAGAAGCAGCUCAAGGAGUUCUCCAAGGAGAUGCUAAUACUCUCUCAGAUCAACCACAGGAACGUCGUCAAGUUGCUCGGCUGCUGCCUGGAGGUGGAGGUGCCCAUGCUGGUCUACGAGUACGUCCCAAACGGCAGCCUCCACCGUUAUCUCCACGGCAGCAGCGAGGGCAUGGGCGAGCCUAUGCCGGCCGGGGAGCGCCUCCGCAUCGCGGCCGAGUCAGCUCACGCGCUCGCAUAUAUGCACUCGUCAGCGUCACCCCCGAUCCUGCACGGCGACGUCAAGUCGGCCAACAUCUUGCUCGACGGCGAGCUCGCGGCCAAGGUGUCCGACUUCGGCGCGUCGAGGCUCGCGCCCCUCGACGUGGCCCAGGUGGCGACGCUGGUCCAGGGAACCUGCGGGUACCUCGACCCGGAGUACCUGCUGACGUGCCAGCUGACCUGCAAGAGCGAUGUGUACAGCUUCGCGGUGGUGCUGCUGGAGCUCCUCACCGGGAGGAAGGCGUUCUGGCCGGACGGCCCGGAUGAGGAUGACACUAGCCUCGCCUUCUCCUUUGUCACGGCUGUGCAGGGCGGACGGCACCAGGAGAUCAUGGACGCACAUGUCAGGGACAAACUCGGGGUCGAGGUGCUUGACGAUGCCGCCCAACUGGUCAUACGGUGCCUGAGCUUGGCUGGCGAGGACAGGCCGACCAUGAAGGAGGUCGCCGACAAGAUCGAGGCACUGAGAAUCCGCGCCUGCAGACAGUAGGCAGCUCUGUGUUCCCUUUCUUUGGGAAUUUAUAAGGAGCAAAAGUUCGUCAUGUAGUCUCGAAACGAACGCUCUACUACUGAUGGUCCAAUCAGGAAGACGGUUGCGACCGUGUCAUGUUCUGCGGUCAACUUUUAGUGUGACAAUGUCAACUUGCAAGUGACAAUUUUAGAAACUUGGCAGUGACAACUUUAAUUAUGGCGGUGAGACAACUUUAGUUCUAACUAGUUAGGAGCGAUCGUUCGCUCCCUAUGUGUUCCCAAUUCACAUGUUAGCAUUA